AUGGGAACGAUACAGCGAUCAGUCACCCUACUAUCCUAUCUGUUUACAUCACCAAACGGAUCACCGCCAUCAAAAAAAUCAGAGAAUUUUGAAGAUCUCUAUGUUUUUGUUGAGAAUCGUCAAGGUCCACAGCCAGUUCAAGGGUGGCCUUACUCAGCGGCCACUUUUCGAUCAACUCCUCGUCGCUUUUUCCCCGACUAUUUGAGGUCAACGGUAAGAAAUGAGCGUCAAAAGAAA